CCCAUCUCCAUUCCCAACCGUCCGAUAUUCAAAUCACACGACUCAUAUUCAAUUCAACCUUUCGCCGCUAACUUAAAAACUUUUUUGACACCCAACCAACCCCAGUCUUUGUUUCUUCUUCCCAAACUCCCCUAUCACCCUCUCUCAUUCACUACCUUUCUUAAAUCCGUGUGAUUUUUAUUGUUUGCGAAGCUAAUAUGGCUAACCAUGAAGAGGCAAAGUCUCACCCUAAGCUCAAUGAAAGAAUACUUUCUUCCAUGUCCAGGAGAACUGUUGCUGCUCACCCCUGGCAUGAUGUAGAGAUAGGACCAGGAGCUCCUGCAGUUUUCAAUUGUGUGAUUGAAAUUGGCAAAGGUGGUAAGGUUAAGUAUGAGCUGGACAAGAAAAGUGGACUUAUAAAGGUUGAUCGUGUUCUUUACUCAUCUGUUGUCUACCCACACAACUAUGGUUUCAUCCCACGAACCAUCUGUGAAGACAGUGAUCCUUUGGAUGUUCUGGUUCUGAUGCAGGAACCUGUGCUACCUGGUACCUUCCUCCGUGCUCGUGCUAUUGGAUUAAUGCCCAUGAUUGACCAGGGUGAGAAGGAUGACAAGAUCAUAGCAGUUUGUGCUGAUGACCCAGAGUUCCGCCAUUACACAGACAUCAAAGAGCUUCCUCCACAUCGACUGGCUGAAAUAAGAAGAUUCUUUGAGGACUACAAGAAGAAUGAGAACAAAAAAGUUGAUGUUGAUGAUUUUCUACCAGCUGAGUCUGCCAUUGAUUCCAUCAAGUACUCCAUGGACCUCUAUGCUUCUUACAUAGUUGAGAGCUUAAGGAAGUAACUUUAGAUUAUCCAAUUGCAAUGAUCUCUAAAUUUUCAUACAAAUAUUAAUAAAAUUCCAUACUCAAUGUCAUUUCUGUGUCAUUGUGUCGUGGCAAUUGUGCUGCUCUGCCUCUGGCACAAGCACAACCAUAACAAUCAGUAGAAAAUCUUCUGGUUAGAAGUUGCAGUUAACUGCCAUUGAAUACUGAGCUCGUUUCUAGUAUUUUGAAGCACUGAUUUAUAAAAGUCAUAAUUAUGUUCUUGUUGGUACUAUUAUUGCUAUUAGAUCAAUGAUAUUCUCACACUUUCCCAGUUAA